AUAAGCUGGUACGCAGGUUCCGGUGGCUUUCCCCGCGAGCAAUCUACUUCAUCGUCUCAGCGCUGGCGUUCGUCGCCAUGUCGGUGCUGCUGGUGCUGAGCCACGAGGAAGAUCUCUCUACCUCCGUCAAGUUCGUCAACGGAAUCAAAGGGAACAUCGUCCACACGUCGUCCGUGCUGGCCGUGCUCUUCCUGUUCCUGAGGCUCUCGCGGCGCUGGCACCGGGUCUGCGCGGGCUUCCAGCGCGUGGAGCGACGCCUUGCGACUGAGGGCUUUAACGCUGUCUCCUUCGGCUCCUACAUUCGAUCAAUGACGGCCGUAUUCAUCUUGGCCACAUUUGUUGUUGAAAUGGCAGUGGAUGCGGUCCCAUCAAUCGCCAAAAUGAUGGAGAACCCUCGGCCUUUCGAUGGGGUCGGUGACUUCGUCGAAAAGUUUUACUACGAGUCAUUCCCACAGAUGAAGAUAAUUCCUGUGUACAACAUCGCAUUAGUCAUUUGGGUAUUUUGGACGAAGGCGCAGGCAAAGCUUGCGAUCACCUACACCGACCUCAUCCUAUGGGCUAUAGGAGCAGCGGCCGCGGCCAAAUUCAAAUCAAUAAAUAAAAAGAUUGGGGAGCUCAAGUACGAGAAAAUGACAGAGAUGGAUUGGCGGAGGGUGCGGGAGAGUUACAACGACGUCGUAGUCCUCAUAUCGGACUUAGACCGAAUCCUGGGGCCACACGUCCUGCUGUCCUAUGCUAUCGGCCUCUGGUUUGUCUGCGGGGGAAUUUUACUACUGCUUGACAGCGAAAUAGAUACUCUUAAAAGAGUCUACAUUUUCCUCUCGAUGUCGUUUUGGAUUUGUCGUGUCAUAGUGGCCACUUUGUCUCUGGCCUCUGUAUACGAGGAAAACAUUUGCAUAAGAAACAGUCUUCAUUUAGUACCCACCGACUACUACGGUGAUGAGGUGCAUCGAUUCGCCAUGCAAGCAUGCCACGACGACCUGGGAUUCACCGGAAUGAAAUUCUUUACCGUAACACGAUCGGUGUUGCUCACGCUGGCGGGCACCAUUGCGAGUUACGAAAUAGUCCUCAUGGAGUUCAACCGGUGACACUCCCGCGAGAUCCAGACGUUGUCAAAUCCAGUGUGCAACCGCAGCGCGAUCCCUACGGCGCCCGCAGCUUCAUAGCUGUCACAAGCGUCCCCUCU